AUUCCAAUAUGGCGGUCAAAACAUAAAGUGAAUUUUGUCUUUACUGCGUAUAAGAGGAUAUACAAUUAUUUUCAUAUGGCGGGUUUUAGACCAAGAGGGUCUAUCGUACAGUUCAAAUGGCAGGAAACGCCAGAAGGACGAGAGUUUUUAGGAGGAAUUUUGCAUCGAAACAAAAGAAAAUCUUUCGGUAUGCCAUGCUCAAAAAUUUUAAUUAUCCAAUCAUGGUUUUGAAUGUAUUGAUGGUUUUUUUCUUAUCUGUAGGAUUACUUGAAGCCCCAAGCUUACCGCCGCAACUUCCCGUCGAAAAUGUGUCCUACAAGAUCUUCUUAACGGGGAAGCCAGCUGUUGGAAAAACGAGUACUGUAGCAAAGCUGUUAGGGCAAGGUACUGCAACUAUCAAGCAGAGCUUUGUGGAAAGUUAAUAGCAGUUAAUAUUUCUUGUUUCAUGGAUGUUUGAAGGUGUGUCAACAGGGAGUUUUGUGUUGUCUUAUAGAAGAAUUUUCUUUGGUCCUCUGUAGAAAUUUCCAGUUAUCACGUCGAAACUCCAGGUAUUCAGACAUCGGUGAUAUACUGGCCAGCAAAAGUAAGUUGAAUAAUCAGUUGAGAACUCUGAACUUUGAUUCAAUUAUGGUACCUUAUAGCAUAUUUGUAGGCUUCAGGUAAACUGUAGGCACCAGACUAUGGUUGUUCUGUGCACAAGACUUUUUUUCAAGUAAGAGGCACACUGAAAUAAUUCACACGUAAAGUCAGCUACUAAUAUGCCAUGCACACAAAGAUCUGGUCUAGUUUAGCCUAAUGCUGCACACUGGAACAAGUUUUUUUAAAUUUCUGUAUACUUUGGCUAAGUUGUACCUGGUUCAAUUUUCUACUUAAAAUUGGUGUUACUUGUUGAUUGAUCAAGUGAUUGCCACAAGAACAUUUCCUCCUCCUGCAAUAAAGUCAGUGGUUGGCUGGCAUUCAGUGAACCACCCUAUUCUUCAAAAUAUGGUUAAAAUAUCACAAAAUGCAGUUUAUUAAUUAUUAAGAUCUUUGCAAUGCAUGCAAAUAUUCAAUCCCUUGGGUUAUUUAUCUAUAAGGGUUUUUUUUUUGUACCACACUAAACAACCUCAGCAUCAGUGCUGUUAUGCAGUUUUAAGUUUCUUCAUGGUAAGCUUAUGUCAUAGAGUGCUGAACUGCCUUGUGGGAGGUCAAGGGUUAAACCCAGACUGGACCAACACUCAGGGUCUUAAAAUAACUGUGGAGAUUGUGCUAUCUUUGCUGUGACAUUUGCAAAUAGUUAGACAUUCUGGGCUUUUCGGAUAAGAGCAAAAAAAACCAUAGGCCUUGUCUCCUGAAGAACCCAGACGCUUCUAGCAAAGAACAUUGCUCCCAUUGUUGUGGUUUGGCCUUGUUGUUGUUUAUACAGCCCCCAUUAAAUCCAGUUUUAAAUGUGGACUGGGCCUGAGCUGUUUUACUUUGCCCAAUGGAUAAAAUGAAAAAAAAAACAGAACUGUUUGCUCACAAGACCAUGAUGUGUUUUUUUUUCUUAAAUAAAUUAAGAGGCAGUCUCUAAUAACUAACCUUUUUGAUUAACAUGAAAGGUAUUUGCUAAGAUGAGCACAAUGCUCUGAUCUAUGACUUCAUGAUCCUCAUCAACUUCAUAUCUUGCUCCAUCUUGCAAGAAUACCCUAGGUGAUGUUUUCUAAUGACAGUGUACAAACUUUAUUCCAAACUUGUUAUAGUAAUAAACUUUUCUUUAAUUCAUCUCAUUACCUAGCUGAAAGAGAAUCAGAAAGUUGUGAUGUUUAAGCUUCAAUUCUGGGACUGUGGUGAACAUGCCAUCAGAAAAUAUGACCAUCUGUUACCAGUAAGACACAGUUUGAAUUAUAGCUAUAAUUAUUUUCAGGAAUUUCUUAUUUAAUUAGUUAAUUUUUUUUGGCCAAAAGAAGGGACUCCUUGUAGUCUAGCCAACAUUCCUGCCCCCUUCUGGAUGGGAAGCAAAAACAGUGAAUUUUACUAAAUUAGAGAGUAAUCAUAAAAUGUCUUUAUCACCUUGUUGCCACUGAAGUGCAGGGAUGGCAAAUUUUGCUUUGUGGAUUCACACAAGGCCUUUAUGCAGUUUUUGUUUCUGGUCAAUGCCUUUUAGUAAAUGGAGCCCAUUGUUCUCUCCAUAGGCUCUCAAAGAGAAAGCUGAUGCAGCACUUUUCUUGUUCUCAUUCACAGACAGGUACACAGUGUGUAAUGCUGGUACAUUAACCCUUUACACCCCAACAUCAGUAUGCAUAUUCUCCAUACUGUUCUCUAUACAUUUCCUAAGGUGCUGACAAAGAGAAUUUGUUUAACAAUCAAGAGCUUCUUUAGUUGGUGAUCAGUUCCUUUAUUCUCCUGAUCUUAAUGUUUGAUUCAGGGGUGACAUGAUAGAGAGAAAUUAGAUGCCAGUCACUCUUAGGGGUUGAAGGGUUAACUGUACUUGACAGCUGUUAGCAGUGUACCUUAACUCAAAAUAUCUAUAAAAUAUGUAUGAAAACCACAUCCAGCUGUGAUAUGUGAAGUUCUGAAUUUUUUUCAAUGUUGUGUGAACUUUGAGUGGUUUACAAAUCAGGAUUCCAAGCUGCAAUCAGGUUUGUUGCCAUGGCAAAUAGAAAAUAUAUCUGGUAACUAAAAUUUCAGAGAAAGCUGUCAAUUGGUGACCAACAGAUUUGAAAAAAAAAAAAGAAUUAGAAAAGCCUAUCAAUGUUUGGUUGAAUUAUCUGAUCAUCUGAAUCAUCUGAUCUAUUUUCUGCAGAGGAAGUUUUGAUGAUUUGCCAAAUCAGGUAAGUCUGUUAAAAGCGAGAUAAACUCAGAUAGAUAUGAACCAAUGUCCUCACUAAGGUCCUUCCUUUUAUUGUCCUGGGAGAGAGUCUGUUAAUGAUCUGAGUUUUGGUUGAACAGUGGAAUGCAACAUUCCAACUAUUUCAGACAAAAAUAGAGAGAUAGUUGUUAUAGCUUGUCUAAAAUGAGUAUGUACAUUAUUUUCUUGUGGGGAAUUUAUAAAUUCCUUGCAAAUGUAAUUAUGUGUUCUGUUAAAGAUACACCACAAUGUCAAGUGGUAGUGAUUAGUAUCCUGAAAACUCGUGUGUUACUCAAAUCCAAUACCUCUUUGCAGAAAUUCCUUUCUUUAGGAAUACUUUGUAAUAGUAAUAAUAAUAAUAAUAAUAAAGAAAUAUUAUUGAUAUCUCAUUGUGGAAUACUUCCUCUGCAGAUAAAUCGCGUUCUGGAUCAAGAAGAGAAGAUCCUGCGGAUAGCUGUGGCAACUAGAUAUCCUUUCUUUCAAAUACUUCAUCAAGCUGGUCAACUCCCUCAGAUUCUUUAACAAUUUACCUUGUUUCUCAAUUUCGUGAAAAUCUGGAAAAUUGAACGACCUCUGACCAAAACAGAAAGCGAUUACCGUUCUUUGAUAGAAAUAAUUUGACCACACCUAUAAAGUAUUUUUGCCGAACCUAUACUUCGUCAGGGAUUAAGAUAUGCUGAUGGUGAACUAGAAGCGGGCCACCUGGGAUCGUCUGAGAAUGAAAGAAUCCUAGACGUUAUAUCUAUGCGUGCCCGUAUUUUCAUGUCGUGUUUAGGUGGAAAAUGCUUUAAAAUUAGGUUUUCCGGGUCAAUUUUUGUUUUAACCGUACAUGUUUUGGAUUUGACACACAUGUCAUCUCUAAAGUAAUCCCUCUUCAACAAUUGAUAUAUUAAGCAUUCCAGGCUAUCUUUUAAGUCUUGUUUUAAGUGGUUUCUAAAAUGUUAUCGACGGAAUUUUCCAUCUGUAGGUCCUGGACUUAAGCGUGCCCUUUGACCAAUCAAGUCAAUUGUUUUGUCUGAAUGCGAUUAGUGAGAAACACUUCAAAAAAUACGAUUACGAACUGAAGCCCAUGCAUUCGCACUUAAUCCUGAUUAACAAUAAUCCACUUUUUAAGCUUAAAGACGAUGCAGCGAUCUUCUUGGGGAUUUUGUGGUUUGACAGCGACCUUAACUUGAAACAAACUGGACCAGAUCUUGAACAGUGAUUUCACAGAACAGGAAAUUCGAGAGUUUGAAGAACAAUGGCAAGUUCCUGUGCUACGAAUUGCAAAUGUUACUGGUAAACGACUGGCAGAUAGUCGCACCUUGGACGGACGGGCGGGAGUCAUGGUAAGAGGGCCCGUAGUUACAGAAGAUCAACAUGUAACUUCUCCCAAUUAUCUCAAGACAAUAUGCAGCAGAGGGGAAAUGAGAAUUGAAAAACUUGUCAACUGGAGGGUGUUUCCGUCAUAGUGAGCCAAAUUCUCUCAACUUUUUUUUAAGGAAAAUGUGGUAACUGUAAAGGAGAAUUUCUGUAAUCACACCUCGAAAGGUGACGAUUAACCCUUGAACUCCCAUGUGUGACCAAAACAGAAUUUCUCAUUACAAUAUCAGUACAAUAUCAACCAAACAAGAGAUGAUAUUAAAGAAACAAUUGAAUUAGGGGAUUAUCUUAUUGGUUGAACCAAUGCCAAAUUCUCCGAACUUUCAUUAUAGUAGUUGUAUGGCAUGGAGUAAGGAGAAUUACUGGUGAGAUCUUGGGAGAGGGAAGGUUAAGUUGAAUAAGCGCAAACAAUGUGUGUAUGUUUGUGAUGAAAUGAUGGGUGAAAACACGGAAUGCUCUGUAAAUGCAAGCAGGUCAUGGAGAAGAAAGGAUGGUGAACAGCUUAUCAAGCCUGACGUAAAAUCAAUUGGGAUUAACUUUAAUGGCUUCUGAGCUUAAUCGAUUAACGUUAGGAAGUCGUACACUUGUGGCUGUGGUUUUUCCAAAGCCGAUUAUAGCAUUUAGGCUGAUCCAGAAUUAUCUGCGAGUUUUUUUUCAGGGGUUUAGUGGUAAGCCUGAAAGACGAAAAUAUGCCUGUUAACAGAAAGGUCCUUGAAAAAUUGCCAAUGUCUUUCACUUCUUUUGCUGUAAUAACUAGGUCUGUCUUGUUAUAAUUGUUAUUAUUCGCCCGGCAUCAAACAUGCGUAAAAAAACUAAAUUUAGAAACGUGAAAACUCGCGCUGGAGCUCAUUAUUGAUACCGUCUUUCUUUCUUCUCCAUUAAGGGUAGAAUUUUGUUUAUUUUUAGUUCGGCGUGAAAUCAAGAGAAUGAGAAAAGAUUACGAAAUAUUUCCGGCAGUUUUUUAAGGGCCCCAAACUUGUCUCGGUCUAUGAAAAAAGCAAAAAGACAAAAAAAAAACAUUAUGCAGAUCUAUGGGAGGCGAAUGAUACUUAAAUAAUCCUCCUCUGUUCUUAGGAAGUGGCUCCUUUUCUGAAUUCUUUGGUUGAGUUACUGUUGCAACGUGAUCAGGUGACAGUUUCCACCUCAGCUGGACGGAAGGUUACUCGUCAUUCCGCUGGGUCGCGGUCCUCUGCUGAGUUCAAGAUUUACAUUUGACAUUCCAGUGGUUUGUUAUAUCUAUUAUAUUUCUCGAGCUGAGUCUUCCCGAAGAGAGAUAAGGAAAAAGAUUGUUUGGAAAUUUCGCAUCGUAAAAGUUACGAUCUUUAAUGUCGUGAUUGGUCAUUUAACAGAUGCCAGGAGCGGAAAAAGGUAUCAAAUAUACGGAAAAUACUGGGAACACGUGACUACUCGCUCCUAAGGCUGUGUCAUAUCAUGCAAGGGAAUAGUGCUGAGUACGGGGAAAUGCCUUACCAAGUGUCAAAGUCACAUGGAACCAAAUGUGUCACCGGUAACAUGGAACCAGUGACAAACAGGUGAUGGAGUAAGAAUCUCGGUAACAUGGAACUUGUGACACGCGUAGGAAAACACCGAACCAGAGUCAAGCAGGGAAACUUUGCUAAGCGCGGGGAAUACACGACCAUUGUGUCAAUGUGCUAAAUGGAAAAUUCAUGACCGUAGUCAAGCGAGUGAACAGUGCAAACCGCGGGAAAUACGUAACCACGGUGUCGAUGUACCAGCGCGGCUAACUCGGAAGUCAGUUGUCUGGCACUACUUGGGGCAGUCUUAGUUUGAAAACAUUGAAAAAUAAAUGCUAAAUGGAAAGUGUGAAUGUUUUACAAUGGAUUUUACUUUUAAACUUCGUUGCAUAAAUAUUUAUCCUAGACAAUUCCAGUUCAUAUAUUACUCAAUACUUAGUCUUAAAGUUGUUACUUUUAUAUAUAUACAACACGCUCUUUCGUAAUAACUUAAAGUAUAACUUACAAAAUAUUUCAAACGAAAUGCGGUCAGUGCGCUUGUCACUACCUACUCAUAACACGUAUGUUCGCUACGGAUGGAAAUAAGAAAAUUUACGAUAUAGAAGUCUAUGUGAUUGCUGGUAUACUUCGUGUUAAGCCAGAAAUACGAUAGAAGUCUAGUUUCAAGUGAACGAAGUCUUCGUUUUCCUUUCCUAUAAAGGAUUCGAAAGCCAACUUGAAGUUUUUUGUCUUUCUCAGCUGUUGACCGAGUAGACUUUGGGUUGCUUGGUUAAAUUGUUCAUAAGUUCUUUCAAUCAUCUUCGAAUACAAAACAAGUCUUUUAACUCUACUACUCAUCGAGUCAGAACUUUCAGUGUAAACGAAGUGUUGAAGCGUUUCCUUAAAGAAAAACUUGUCUAGUUACACUGUCGUGUAAUCUGUUAGGUUUGGAAAUUUCUCCACUACUUAGUAGCUCGUUAAAACCAAGCUAUUGUUUUAAAGUUAUGAAUUAUAUAAUUGGUGCGCACAACUCGUUAAUACGACCGAAAUGAUAAAUUUAUUAAUGAGUGAACCUAAAAUGUCUG